GGAUGUUAAUGGUUUGCGCAGAGCUCGAUGUAACCUAUUCCGUUAUCAUAGAUCCACUCACGUAUCAUCGGUCGUUCGUUGGCAGAUCUUGGUGUUAAUUGCCUAAAAAAGAGUAGAUUUCCUGUUUACGCGAUCGAAAAUGUUUUUACUCUUGCAGCAGGACUUCAAUCUAGUCGGUGUCAGUUUCCAGUCACUGAUUGAUGCCCGACGCCUAGAGCUGUGAUGUUCGCGCUAUCGGAUCUCAAUCGUGCGGCGUUCCUGUCAGCCGCCAUUCAUCUCUUGGCGUUCAGUACAGCGCAAGAGACGGGAUUAAACACAUGCACAGACGUACACAUCUUCCUCUCGCGCGGCAACAACGAGCAAUACCCAGGCCGACAAGGCAAGCUCGUGCAAGCGAUAUGUUCCGGACUCAAUAGCUGCGACUACGAGGACGUUGUCUUUGACGAUGCUUUAGAAACCAAUUACUGCGUCGCCGUGGAGGCAGGGCGCGAGGCAGGAAUCGCGCAGAUAACUGCUUACAAUAAGAAAUGCCCCAACACGAAGCUUGUAGUUAGCGGAUACUCGCAGGGCGCGCAUGUGUUGGGCGAUAUACUAGGUGGAGGAGGAGGAGUGUUCUUUCAGGGAUGCACGACGCCGACGGCGGGUGGUUUGGAUCCGAAGACUGCACCGGGGAAUAAGAUUGCCGCCGCGCUCCUAUUCGGCGAUGUCCGGCAUACCGCCCACCAACCGUACAACACGCUAGGCGGCGCAGGCAUCAACGGCAUAUUCCCAAGGCCUCUUCCACUUCUCACAGGCGUUCGUAACUUCGCUAGUGUAUUGCGGGAUUGGUGUCAAGUAGACGAUCCUAUCUGCGCGCAAGGCAACGGGAAGCGGGCGUAUAACGUCCAAGACCACUUAAAUUACUUCGAUAGAUACUCCGGCGCUGCGGCGGAGUGGGUUAAGUCGAAACUAGGUGAAGCCGGGACGUCUACCUCUAGUUCUGCGACGGCUACGUGGACGGAAAGUAGUAGUAGUGCUGGUGCGACGGCAACUAGCUCUGCAGAUACAAGUUCGACGCCGACGACUUUGACGGGGUCUACGAUGCUUCCAGAACCUACGGCGUCACCGUCCCCUUCCCAGGGGGGGGGUGCUGGUGUAGUUGAGUAUUUGUGGGUCUCCGUCUAUUUAGCAGCAUUGGUCUCUUUGGUAUCGAUGAUGGUGUAGUCACGUCUUCGGCCUUUAUAUAGACGAUAGAACAAUAAAUGUCUAAGCAUGUAUGAUUAUGAAUUACAUAUCGGUAGUGGGGAAUAAAUCUCAUUGAUAUUGUUGCUUGGCACACCAUGGACUCUUCUA